UUAGGUAUGUCUGUGAUGUUAUCUGCCUGUUUAACUGAUUAAGGUAUUACAUUCUCAAUGGAUGAGGAAUUAAAUGUAACAUAUAUAACUCUUAGUGGGUAUGUAGAAAUGGAAAAAUACAGAUAUAUUUAUUUUGUGAUCAUGUUUACAGCAUAUAUUCUAAUAAUCUGCUUUAAUUCUACUAUUGUGUUCCUCAUAGUGAUUCACCAAAACCUCCAUGAGCCUAUGUACAUUUUCAUUGCAGCUUUGUUAAUCAACUCUGUUCUUUUCAGCACUGCUAUCCACCCAAAGCUUUUGAUGGACUUUUUAUCCGAUAAACAGAUCAUAUCACAGCCACUGUGUUACUUUCAAUACUUUUUAUUUUACUCUUUAGGUGGUUCAGAGUUCUUAUUGUUGUCAGCCAUGGCCUACGAUAGAUACGUGUCUAUAUGUAAACCUUUUCAAUAUCCAACCAUCAUGAGAAAAACAACAAUCAGUAUUUUCCUGGUGUUGGCGUGGCUCGUGCCGGCGUGUCAGGUCGCUGGGUCGACCGCGUGGAGCGCAAGCAGAAAACACUGUAACUUUACUCUGAAAGGAAUCUUUUGUAAUAAUUCAGUUCAGAAACUUCACUGUGUGAGUUCGAGAGCGCUUUCUGUGUUUGGUGUGAUCAUUAUGCUCAAUAUUGUGUUUUUUCCGAUACUCUUCAUACUUUUUACGUACACAAGAAUACUCAUAAUAACCUAUCGAAGUAGUAGAGAAGUCAGUAGAAAAGCUGCUCAGACCUGUUUACCCCAUCUGCUGGUUUUAAUCAGCUUUUCGUUGUUGUGCAUUUAUGAUAUUAGCAUACUAAGACUGGAAUCUGAGUUUCCCAAAACUGCACGUUUAAUAAUGACUUUACAGGUGGUUUUGUAUCAUCCUCUCUUUAAUCCAAUCAUAUACGGACUGAAAAUGACAGAAAUUUCGAAACACUUGAGGAGGUUGUUGUGUCAUUUUAAAUGA